AUAAUUCGGCAUAAAGCUUCAUAAUGCAACCCCCCCCCCCACAUGAAUUUUGAGCUGCCUGUUUUCUAAAAUUAGUUCCCGCAGUGUCGCGUGCACAUAUCGGGCUUUCAGAUUGGGGAAGAUGCGAACAGGUUUUCAAUCAAGUUCGUAUCGUUGUUUACUGCUCAUUCACAGAUGUAUCGUGGCAAUAUCAGCCCUGUUCAUUGGAAUAGUGUACAAAUAUAUGACCCGUAUGGAUCAUUCAGCGCCUGCACCGUACCGGACUAAAAUCUUCCGUCCGAUCAUUGUGCGGGCUGGGAUUGUGUGUGAGAGAAAGACUAGCUGAAAGAAAAAAAACAUUAGUGUGUGCUGUGCGGCGCUCGAAGAGCGCUGCCGAAACUUUUGUGCAAUCUGUUUCUUAUUUUAUUUUUUCUUGGAGUGAUAUAGCCUAUCACAAUGUUAAUUUUUCCACCCCAAGGUAUUUGGACAGUUGUCCUGUCGUCCGAUAGUGGAUCAGAUAGUGAGGAUACAAACACUGGACCGAAAGUGAAAUUUAGCCUGUUGCCCAUGACGAGUGACCGGACCAAGAAAGGGGACGAUUUGUCGGCUGCUGCAGCUCAAACAGGUGUUACAAAAAAGACUACCUUGAAUCCCAAUGCAAAGGCAUUCCAGAGUCCAAAGACUCCUACAGGAUCAGUGAAUUCAGAUACUGGAGACGGUUCACAGGACUGGGCAGACCAUGAUAGUGGCAUCUCGGUUGCCUCCUCUCCCCAGGUAGCAAUGAAAUCACAGGGACCCUCUGGUGCCUUUCAGAUGAACGGUGACAUGGGCAAGUACACAGCACUUGGUUACCCACCCACCCCCGAAUCCCCCGUCUUUCCCCUCGCCAAUGGACACUUAUUUGGGCCCGAGUACCCUUACCUUCCCGAUGGCCAAAUUGUUACUGCUGAGGACAUCUCCCAGCAGGAGCCUCCGAAAGGAGAUGAUCUACGCAAACGUCUUCAGAGACAACUAGAGUACUAUUUCUCCAGGGAGAACCUGGCCAAUGACAGAUAUCUCCAAUCACAGAUGGACUCGGACCAGUAUGUGACCAUCAAAACGAUAGCCAGCUUCAAUGCGGUCACCAAACUAACCCAUGAAUUGCAGCUAGUAAUAGAUGUUCUGAGGGAAUCACCCCUUGUUCAAGUAGAUGAGAAAGGAGAAAAGGUUAGACCGAAUCACAAACGAUGUACAGUCAUCCUAAGAGAGGUGCCAGACACUACUCCCAUCGAGGAUGUAAAAGCCCUGUUUACUCACGAGCAAUGUCCCAAGUUCGUCAGCUGUGAGUUUGCUCAUAACAACAACUGGUACAUCACGUUUGAAUCCGACUCGGAUGCCCAGAAAGCGUACAGACAUCUACGGGAACGGGUUGGCCACUUCCAAGGGAAACCAAUUAUGGCAAGGAUAAAAGCAAAGCCUUUGCAGAGGAUCACCUAUACACAAGCAGCACCCAAGGUGCUCAAUGGCUACCAUCUUGCCACAAGUAACUUCUCCCAGGCCCAGACAGCAGUAUUCCAGCCAACACAGUUCCAGCAGUACACCACCGCCCCUUCUGCAGCGGCGGCAGCAGCUCAGCAACCCCUCAACGGAAUCAUCCAGCAGCAGCAGUACACGUACUACCCUGCCAACGUCCCGCCACAGUGGAGCCAGACGUACUAUGAAGCUCCUCAGGCUAUUGUAAGUCAGCAGCCUCAACAGUUUGGGACCACCAGUGCCUUCCCUCAGAAAUACCAACCCACCAACACACAGACCAGUAGACAUAAUAGUUACCAGGGACCCAGGAAUUCACAUGUUAUAUCAAAUAGAACCAUUAAGAGUCAUCCUAGGUCAUCCAGUACUCCCGAGCUGCGGAUGAACGAUCACCGUAUGAAUGAUCGGAUGGGUAUACUAGACCCCAACCUCCCGUCUCACCACUCCCGUCACUACCACCCCCACGAGCAUCGCAGGUCGACGCAGCCCUCCAUGCCCCUAAGUAGUUCCCGUUUACCACCUUACCCCCGGGGAGGGGAGGAACCCCUGGAGAGGCUAGAUAGACUGGAUCGGAUGGACAGGAAAGAGGAUAAAGGCGGAGGGGAGGUGUUCCUGGCCCCCAAGAGGAGGGAGGGCGCCAGGAGGCCACACCCACAUUUCAAUGAUGAUACCCAUAUCGGCAGCACCAGUACCUCAUUACAACAGAGUCAUAGUGGUCAUUAUGACCUAACACGUAGGAGACCUUUAAGUAGUAGUAGCUCUUCUAAUAACAGUACCUUCCGGAAUAGACGGAGGCGAGAUGACGACAUCAUCCCUCCAAGCAGAAGAAGCAACAGCACCAGUGGUACCCCGGUCACCACCACCAGCAGUAGUAACAGUAAUCCCAGUAGCAGCACCAUGAGCAGUGCGGGAGGCACCGGUAGUAGCAGCACAAAUACCAAAGAAAGUCGAGACCCCAAGGAGAAGGAUACCACCAAGACACCGUCCUCUCCAAAGAUUGACCUGGCGUCGUUUCCGCCUUUGCCUGGGAGAACUUCCAAGGAGGAUGGGGGUGAAGAAGGGAAGAAGGAGGAGGCUUCAGGGAGCAAGGACGUAGCCCCGAGUAUGACUCCAAUGGCCGAUGUCGUCAAAGGUCUCAAGGAGCCCAAGCGAGCUGCGAGAACAGUUGAACCUAAGCCAGUACCAGUGCCAUCAACUAAAGACAGCUCAACUAAUACAGCCAGUCAAUCCUCGGCAAGCAAGGAGGUCGAGAAAUCGGUCGCACCUACCCCUAAACCGGCACCUCCAACUCCACAAAAUACCAAGCAAAAGCAAACAUCAUCGUACACUCAGACUGACCCAGAGGAGAAGCAAUCAUCUAAGAUGGAGGCUUCUCCAGCUCAUGGGAGCGUGGCUGCAUCCUCGACCAGCUCUGCUACCAAGCACAACUCUAGGGUUUCCAUGACAGCUACAUCUACCACACAUCCAUCCUCCUCCACGACCACCAACUCCUCUUCCUCUGCAACGCCUGCUGCAUCCAAGACCAGCAGCAGUAGCAGCAGCCAUCCAGUGGCAUCUGAAUGCACGAAGUCAGUUUCCAUGGUAACGCAGGCAGUGACAUCAUCGGUUGGCACGGCAACGUCAGCCACCUCUUCUGCUGCCUCUCAUGUGUCUGCCUCAGGGAGAUCAUCGGCUUUGGCAGGGAGCAGCAACUCGAGUGCGGCUGCCCAGGUCGCAGCCGUCAAGACAUCGGAUGGUAUACCACCACCAAGGCUCAGCUAUGCACAAGUCAUUGCCAAGAUGUCGGCAGCUAAGGCCAACCAGGCAGAGAACCCAGAACCUUCCAAAACUAGUAGCGGUAACAAAACCACUGCACCGACCUCCGGUCCAAAAGACAUGCCGAACUCAAACUCCUCUAGCCAUGAGAGAACUGUGAAUAACAUGUCUACCCCACUCUCCAACCACGCCAACUCGCAGCCACACGUGCAGCCGAUGAAUUCCAAGCCUCAGAGGUUCCCGCGGUAUGGGCGGGGUCCCAAGAUGGAACAGAAUGGAGGGGACGGGCACUUUUACUCUGGCGGUAGACAUAGAGGAAGGGGAGAGUAUGGGGGUAGAAGAUCUCCACCUCAUCAUAAACCUGCCAGCAAGUAACAUUGGCUUCCUCUUCCAUGGAGGGAGCGAGGCAGCACACAUUUCGCUCGGCCUGCUUCUCGCAGUGGAAAAUGUUUACUUUGCCAAAAAAAUUGAGCUGCACAGUGCUCGCACUUAAAACAAAUAGAAUGAGGAAUAACGAUGGGAAUUGUCAUAAUUGGAGGUUGGUCUUCCUUCAUGGAGCAGGACAGUCAACUUUAUUACGACUUUCAUUUCAUCCAUGUGAAAGUACUUGAGCUGAGGUUACUUCGUAAUCUUGAAUGGAAUGAAUAUACCGAUUGGAAAAUUGGUUGGUAUACUGUAUACCUGUAGCUGUGGGGAUUUGUCAACAUCGAAACAUUACUUAACAUGAUCAUGAUGUUGCGGAUGUGGAGGAGAAUUUUUUUUUCAAAACUGUGCUUUGUUUUGAAGUGAUGAAUGAAUUCUGGAGAGGACCAGCAUAGAUUUUUUCUUUGACACUGAAAUUUUUUGUUUAAAAUGUCUUUAUGUGGUAUGCCAAAAUGUAGCAUUGACACAACUUUGGAUUGGUUGGUAAGGUGGCUUCCAGACGCAGCAUUUGUCAAAUCCUGCUUGUAGGCAACUAUACUAGCAAUUGAUUCACCAGGCAACGGCCGUGUCAGUGGACAAUCAUUGAUGAUGCCCUUGUCUUUCAAUUACAUGAACAACUUGUUUUUUUUCUGUCGACUAUCGUCAUUUUAUGUAGAGAUCUGCUUUGUGAGAUAUAAAAAGAAAAAGCACAAGCACCAAGCUUUAUGGUUUUGCAAAGCAGCAAGAUGAGGCUUCGCUUGUGACUUUGUAACUCGUUUGCAACAGUGAGACACCAUGUGUGCAGGGAACUUGUCAGAGAUGACUCUUGAAAGGAGAAAAAGGAUCGCCCUUGCGGAAGAAGUUUAGAAAUGGAAUCAGGAAGUUGAGCCAAGAGAGACUCAAAAGGUUGAUGAACUUGUCCAAAGGGACGAUGCAGCUGUGGUGUGUCUGUAUGCGGAGAAAGGUUGACUGUGACUUGUUAACCAUUGGUGAACAUUACCUGUGAAAGGUGUGGGAAAGGCACAUGGAGGGAUGUUUCCUGCGUCAAGAGAAGAUCUUGAGGAUUGAUUGUAAGAAGCAUAGGUGCUUCUGAAGGAAUAGAAAAGAUGUAUAUUUGUACAGGGAGUAGGUGUCACAGCACUGUGUGCUGAGGGGAAUUUUAAAGAUAACCAAAAAUACCAUAUAAGGGGAAUAUGUUCCAUUGUAACAAGACCUUAUAUAAGCAUUUGAUAGCGUUGAAAAAUCUUAGAUUUAUGGAAAAUGUCUUUUGGUAACAGAUGAACUAGAUACUGUUACUUAGUUCCGAUUUAUCCAGCUUAGUUAAUACACGAGGGCAAAUUUCCAAAACUUAAUCCAUCAGGCGACCGUCUUUAAUAAAGUUGCCCAAAUGAUUCUGCCACAACAAUUUUCAAGAAAGUUUAGAAAAUUUAUUUUCUACACCCAGCAGAAUAAUGGAAAAUGCUUUUGCAGCAUAAUUGCUUGUUGCACAAAACAGUUUCCCCUUGGAAAGAAAGAAAUAGCCCCUAAAAUUCAGCAAUCACCUUUACGUUGGAAAAAAUAGCCCCUUUAAUAUUAAAAUGAAUUCCUACACUGGAUCUUUUUCAUCCUGCUAUUAUUGCAGGUACGUUUGUGUUCUUCAAAUUGGCCACACUUCUCAAUUUUUCACGCAUAGUUUGAAUGAGAAGAAAAUGGAUAUUAAAAUGAAUGAUAAAAAUGUUUAAAUGAAGAUGGUAAUUUGUGAAUUUGAAUUGUUGAUUUUGUUUUCAUUCCAUUGCCAGUUUGAAGAGUAAUGAUUAGCUCUUGUUUCGGAAUUGCAAAUCAUGCAGCACUGGAUCUCCUCAAAAAUAUUUCAUUACAUAUUUGAGCUUUUUCCCCCAAUCUUAUUCCAUGAUUUGUUGCUAGUAUUGAGGAGAAAGAGGAACUGCAAAAGGUUAUCUUACAAACAGAUACACUUCAUCUCUUUGGGUUGAAUGGAGUAUGUAAAGCAUGCAGAUGGAACAUAUUGUUUAAUGUUUUCAAACCGUGUAAGGUUGUCACUCAGGGGGGGGGGGGGUCUGGAGAUCACCUAGGCCUCGUAACAGAAAGUUUAGCAAUUGAUUAUUGGACUGAUGUUUAUGAUUGAGCUUAAGCAACAAUUAUUACAAUCAAUCAUAGAAUUCAAUCAAUCUUUGAAUAGAUCAAUUCAAUCAAUCUAUUCAAAUUGCUAAGCUGUGUUAUGGGGCCCUGAAUGUUAGGUGAAAUAUAAUUCUUCAGAUCAUCUUAAAUGAGACAUCGAAUCCUAAUGUAAUCGCACUUUGAAUCCCCUCUCUUGAUAACAGGAAGGUGGUAAUCUGAAUGGUAACAUAGAUAUGUUGCAUAAAUCUUACACGGUUACGGUGUUAUCCAAUUUAUAUCUCUGAAGUGCUGUACAUGCUUAACACAUCUCAAGGUGUAUACAUGGCAUCGGUGAUUGUCGCAGGUAGGAGAUCCGCAAGAGUAAUUACCAGAGUUCUUCGCAGAGAGCAUCGUCAUCGUUCAUCCUCUGGAGAUGUCAAACAGUGCAGAUUGGAGCAAAACGGAAUCGUCCGGGACAGACUGGAAAAGAUGUCUUUAUCAUUGCCCUCUUGAUGCUUAUGAAUGAAGCAAACAGUGUUUUUGCAUUGGAGAUCUCGUCAAUGAUCUGUCUUUCUUGUCGCAAGCUGUGGAGAAAACAUUACUUGCCAUUACCCGUCGCCAUGAUUAAUAGAGGAUUUCAGAAAUCGCCACAAGAUGUACUUAUAAGUAACAAAGAGUAUGUCCAGCAUGUGCAGGUAUUGUGUGUUGCCAGCCCUUGCAUCGUAGAGCAAAAUGCUUGGCCUCCAGACACUAAGUUGUAUUCUCCAGCUAUAUAUGCAAGCCCCUUACAGUCAUCUAUCCACUUGCAUUGUGGUAUUCUUGAAAGUGGAGGUAGUAGUAUAACAAAUGUUGUUUCCUUCUGAUUCAAGAAAAUGAGCUUGCCAAUUUAGAAGAGACUCCUUUUAUGCAUGAUGAUGUGUCCAUUUUAUGUUUAGCUACCUGUGCUAAAAAUAUAAUAUAUACAGAUAGAACACUCGUGUACCUCUGAGAUGAGAGUAUUAAAGAUUUGUAAAAUGUGUAUAAACUUGCAUUAAGUAUGGUGAAACUGAUGUAUACAGUUCAUGGGAUGCCUCGUCACAAGGAAUUCAAGCUAUGAUAAAUCCUCAGUACUUAUCUUCAAAA